GACCCUAUUACGUUUCGACACGGAUUCGAAAUUUUGUAGUGCCUUGGAGGGGUGGGGCUUGCACAAAAAAUAAGAGUUCAGUUUUUCUCUGUUUAACUUAUACGAUAUGAAACUAUUACAGCGGUCUUUUAAAACCCACUCGCAUCUAUAGCGAGAGAAUGGCAUUGCGUACAUUUGGCUGUUAACAACUUUGAUUUUGUUUGAAAUUUACAAGCAGCCACUUUGCAAACUUGGGCUGCACUGGGGUUGAGCCGAGCGGGGGUGACUUGGAUCGUCUUCAAAACACGCAGGCACAGAAAAACUGGAUGAAGUGAAAAUUGCUGCACGCAGAGAAGUCGCCUUUGAGGGAGGCGUCACAUUUUCCGGUUGUGCCACGCCGACUUUCACACCGUCGGGGUGACGUCGGGCCUAAGCCGGACAGCUAAAGCUCCGUCGGCGGCAGAGAUUGGAGGAGUACACCAUGGUUCGAGUGGCCCUGGUAACGGCUACCAGCCUGGUCCUCACUGGGGCUGUGAUUGCACACGCUUACUACCUGAAACACCAGUUUUAUCCCACUGUUGUCUACCUCACCAAGAGCAGCCCCAGUAUGGCGGUACUGUACAUCCAGGCAUUUGUGCUCGUUUUUCUGCUGGGGAAAUUCAUGCGUAAGGUGUUCUUUGGACAGCUACGAGCCGCUGAGAUGGAGCAUCUGAUAGAGCGCUCCUGGUACGCCGUCACGGAGACCUGCCUGGCCUUCACGGUGUUCCGCGACGAUUUCUCUCCACGCUUCGUGGCGCUCUUCACCCUGCUGCUCUUCCUGAAGUGCUUCCAUUGGCUGGCUGAGGACAGGGUGGACUUUAUGGAGAGGAGUCCAAAUAUCUCCUGGAUCUUUCAUUUCAGAGUACUCUCCCUAAUGGCGCUGCUCGGCGUCUUGGACUUCCUGUUUGUUAACCACGCCUGUCACAGCAUCAUCACGCGCGGCGCCUCAGUCCAGUUGGUCUUUGGCUUCGAGUAUGCCAUUCUGCUUACGAUGGUCCUGACCACCUUCAUCAAGUACACGCUGCACACCAUCGACCUUCAGAGCGAAAAUCCCUGGGACAACAAGGCGGUCUACAUGCUCUACACGGAGCUCUUCACCGGUUUCAUCAAGGUGCUGCUCUACAUGGCUUUCAUGACCAUUAUGAUCAAGGUGCAUACCUUCCCCCUCUUCGCCAUCCGGCCCAUGUACUUGGCCAUGAGGCAGUUUAAGAAGGCCGUAACCGACGCCAUCAUGUCUCGGCGAGCCAUCCGUAACAUGAACACUCUGUACCCUGAUGCCACGCCUGAGGAUCUACAGGCCACUGACAACGUCUGUAUCAUCUGCCGGGAGGAGAUGGUGACUGGGGCCAAGAAGCUGCCCUGCAAUCAUAUCUUCCACUCCAGCUGCCUUCGCUCAUGGUUCCAGAGGCAGCAGACCUGCCCCACCUGUCGCAUGGACGUGCUCCGUGCAUCUCUGCCCAAUCAGGCGCCGACCCAGCCUCCCGCCCCACCUGCUGCCCCGCCCCCACCGGCUGACCAGCCAGUCCCACCACCAGUGCCUCCCGGAAUGGUGCCCCCCUUCCCUCCCGGCCUCUUCCCCUUCUGGGGCCCCUUUCCUGGUGCAGUGCCCCCAGCGGUGGCUCCGGUGCCCCCGACGCAGACGGACUCCCCCCAGCCAGGGUCCGAGGUCUCCCAGGGAGCUGGCAGCAGUCAGUCCAGCCAGCCUGGCCCCGACGGAGUCCCUCCCGCUCCCGGAGCUGCUAUCCCAGGAUUCCCCUUCACCUUCCCACCACCGCUGCCCUCCGCCCCCUGGCUGGCCAUGCCCCCACCCCCACCUUUCGUGUCGUCCAUGCCCCCCCCCCCAGCUUCGCUGUCCAGCCUAUCUGAAGCGGAGCUGCAGGAGCUGGAGCAGGAGGGCCGACGCGGCCUGGAGGCCCGACUCCAGUGCCUGCAGAAUAUCCACACGCUGCUGGACGCAGCCAUGCUUAACAUCCACCACUACCUCAGCACGGUGGCUACACUAAGCCCUCCCCGGUCGGAAACGGCCGGUGCUCAGGCGGCCACGGCGGAUGGAGCUGCAGCAACUUCCCCGGCGGACGGGGCUGCAGCAGCUUCCACGGCGGACGGAGCUGCAGCAGCUUCCACGGCGGACGGGGCUGCAGCAGCUUCCCCGGCGGACGGGGCUGCAGCAGCUUCCACGGCGGACGGAGCUGCAGCAGCUUCCACGGCGGACGGGGCUGCAGCAGCUUCCACGGCGGACGGGGCUGCAGCAGCUUCCACGGCAGACAGCAUGGAGGACGGGACCCCAGCGGUUAACCCUCAGACAGGUGAGACCGUUAACGGCGCCACAGGCUUCUCCCCCGCUGACUCCACCACCCAGGAGGAGGUGCUGGAGGAGGACGGCGAACCUAACGCCGCCGAACUGAGAAGGCGGCGUCUGCGCAAGCUGGAUACGGCUGCCCCCUCCGAGCAAUGAUGGCCAGCUGUCAGCCCCCCGGACCCCCCACCCCCAACAACCCUGCCCAGUGGACCCCCUGACUCGUACACCUGUCAACUCAACAGGGACCGGAUGGUACAAGAUGAAUGGCAUCCCUCCCCUGCUCAACAGCAAGCUGACUGUCCCUCCCUCUCACACGUACACACAACACGGCAGACAUUUGGGAGCCGCUGUCCAGUUGGGACAGUGACUGAUUCUCAAUGACAGCUUUGUGUCACUUGAAAAUAAAUCACUGCUCUGAAUUGAGCCCCCCCCCCCAGUAAAUACUUUCUCUCCUAACAGGCUGUGUGUACUUCUGCCCUCCUGCUCCCCCCAGUUGCACACUUUGAUCGCGAUGACCGGUCCAGGUUCAAAAAAAGAAUUUUUAUUUUUUUAAAUUCCUACGUGUGCCUGGUUUGCAUUUUGACAGGCGGUGAAAGACAGUGAUGUUUUUCUAUCCAGUUCUCCGGAUCUCUUGAUGUCUCUCAAUCUAUACAUUUAAUUUUUUUUUUAAACGGCCUGGUCUGUUCCCUCUCCUUUUGUCAGUCGGUAGCCUGGAGACCAGCGGCAAAGAAUGUUUAGCUUAGCAAUGCGGGUCUCACCCCAAAUACUCUGCUCACGUUGAUGGACUGAGAUUUGCAGAUGGCCGGUUUCUUACUACUUUUCAUUUUUCUUCAGCGCUUGGAAAGAUGACGCGCAAUGAGAACAGUGGAGGGCUAAUUUAAGUUGUACAUAGUGUAUAAAGAGUUUUAAUAGGAGGUUCUGUACAUAUACAAAAAUAAACCAUUCUGAGGAA